AUGGAUCUUAAUCAACGAUUCGAUAGAAUUGUACAUGAUACAGUAUUUAUUCGUGAUUUAUGUUUAUUAGAAUAUUGUCCAAUCGACGAUUCUACUUUUCCACUUUCAGAUCCAAUAAUUGAUCGAUUUUGUUCAAAAAUUUUACCUCAAAUUGGACAUAAAAUUAAAACUCUUUUUCUUUUACGAACAUCAAUAGAACGUGUUCUUCAUGCUACAAGCUAUUCUAAUUUAAAUCAUCUUGGGUUAUGUGAUAUUGAAUACAAAAUAGCUAAAUCUCUGUUUGAUGAUGAAAGUCCUUUAACACAUAUGUUUAAGAAUCAAAUUUCAUCACUCUUUAUCAAUUUGAGUGAUGAAGACGAUCCACUUUCAAUGGGAGCUUUGACUUCAAUUAUAUUUAUAGAAAUUUUCAACAAAUGUACUAAUUUACGGUGCUUAAAAAUCAAUCCAUCUUUAUUUGAUUUUGGCACUGUAAAUGAUUUUAUGACAUAUAGAACUACUAUUUGUUCAACUUUAUUAGAAUUACAUGUCACUCUGACACAUAUGCAAGACUGUCUUUGUAUACUUGAUGGGCGUUUUGAUCAACUUCGUAUACUUUAUAUUACUUUUCAUCAUAUUUGCUUUGAGUUUUCUGAAACUAAACAUAAUGUGGGUUAUUUUUAUUAA